UGCCGCGCCAAGUAGCAGGAAUUUUUAUCAUUUUUCUUAUCAAAUGUAAACAAGAUCAUCAACAUAUCCGGCGUUUUGUUUCCGGCGUCAAUUGAACAUUAUUUCAAUUAUUUGUGAGAGAUAAGGUACUCUAAUUUUAAAGUAAUUAAAAUGAAAUGGAUACUUCGGCUUUUCAGUCUUUUUUCGGUGCAUUGUUAAUAUUUUCCCUCACUUUUAUCAACGUAACGUCAAAUGAAUUGAAAUCACCCGCUGUAUUUGUCGCAAUAUUAGUUCGAAAUAAAGCACACUCGUUACCUUACUUUUUAAGCCUAUUCUCAAAACUAGAAUACCCAAAAAAUAGAAUAUCUUUAUGGAUUCGAAGCGAUCACAACGAAGAUAAUUCCGCUACAAUAGUGCAAGAAUGGGUUAAAGCAGUGAUCUCAGAUUAUCAUUCCGUUGAUUUAGAAGUUGGCAGUGCAUCGAAGAGAUUUAGAGAUGAAGAUGGUAUCGCUCAUUGGUCUGAUUUACGUUACAAACAUAUCAUAGAGUUACGAGAAAAAUCACUAAACCUUGCCAGAGAAAAAUGGGCUGAUUAUAUUUGGCUUUUGGAUUGCGAUUCGUUCAUCACAAAUCCCUCAACGUUGAAGAAUCUCAUUGGGCAUGGGAAAACCAUAGUAGCACCGAUGCUAUCAACCGAUAGUAUGUAUUCGAAUUUUUGGUGUGGUAUGACGUCUUCGUUUUAUUACAAAAGGACCGAAGAUUAUGAGAAGAUUUUGAAUCGCGAUAAAAUCGGCUGCUUCGAAGUACCCAUGAUACACAGCGCUGUAUUGGUUGAUUUAAGAGUAUCUCGUACAGACACAUUGACGUAUUCGCCUUCUAAGAUUACGAAUUACGAUGGUCCCAAAGAUGAUAUUAUAGCUUUUGCUAUUGCUGCUAAUAGAUCUGGAAUUCCAUUAUUUAUAUGCAAUGAUCUCAACUAUGGAUACACGACGGUGCCUUUAGAGGAAAAUCAAAGUUUUGCGAAUGAACGAGAUAAUUUACUGAAUUUAAAAUUAUUUAUUAGUGUUGACGAAUCUCCCUUACCAGUUCAAAAUGUGCUGUCUAAAUUUGUAACUUUACCCGUAAGAAGUAAAUUUGGUUUUGACGAAAUAUUUGUGAUAAACUUGAAACGAAGGAAAGAACGAAGAGAAAGGAUGCUCUACGGUAUGAGAGAGUUGGGGAUUGAUUUUAGUUUUGUGGAAGCUGUCGAUGGAAAGACUUUAGAUGAAGCGCAAUUGAAAGAAAUGGGAGUAUCAUUGAUGAAAGAUUAUGAAGACCCUUAUCAUAAAAGACCAAUGAAAAAAGGUGAAAUCGGAUGUUUUCUAAGUCACUACAAGCUUUGGAAAAAGAUGAUAGCAGAAAAUUACGAACAAAUAUUGAUCCUCGAAGACGAUGUUCGGUUUGAGAAACAUUUUCUCUCCAAAUUUAAAAACUUACUCGAUGAAUUGCGUGGUCCGGGUUUACGUUGGGAUUUAGCGUAUUUAGGUAGGAAAAUCAUGAACCCGAAAAACGAAUCAUUAGUCAGUGAAAACAGUAAUUUAGUUUAUCCCGAUUACACCUAUUGGACGCUCGGUUACAUUAUUAGUAAACAAGGAGCUCUUAAACUACUCGAUACGAAUCCUUUAAAGAAGCUAUUACCUGUUGAUGAAUUUUUACCAAUCAUGUUCGAUAAACACCCUAGAGAUGAUUGGAAAAAUAAUUUCCCAAUUCGUAAUCUGAUAGCUGUAUCAGUUAAUCCGUUGAUAAUUUUCCCAAUCAAAUAUACGAAUGAAGAAGGUUACGUUAGCGAUACUGAAGAUUCUGUGAUUAUUCAAGUUGAAAAAAAAAUUGACGAAUUGUGAAGUAGGUGCUAUAGUGCUAAUUGUGAUGGGGAACUUUCAGCGGCGAAAGGUAAAUAAGGAGUAAGAAGAUUAACUAGUCAUAUCAGAUUAAUUAUGUCGUGUUCAUUGCCUUAAUAAUCGAAUAUUUGCGCUGGUGUGCAACGUGCCAUUUACUUGAAUAUUACUUUACUUCCAAAGUAUGUGGUAUCAAUAUUUAACGUCUUAUAUUUUUGUUUAUUAUUUUGUAUUUUUGUGGGAGUCAUACCCAUGUUUGAGUUUAUUUAAAAUAUAUAAACGUUUUGAAAUAUUUGCUUGCGCAGAUGUAAACGAA